GGGUGGCGCGGCCGGCGGCACCUGGACCUCCCGUCCCCCAGAGGGCGCUGCCCCGGCCGGCCCCGCCCAUAUUUGGGCCUUACGAGCCCACAGGCCCCGGAGAAGCCGCGGGGAGGCCGGGAGCCCGCGGGCCGGAGCCGCCCGGCCGGAGCGUGGGGGCUGGGCGGCCGGCCCACCCGUGGGGGCGACUUGAGCGUUGAGGGCGCGCGGGGAGGCGAGCCAUCAUGUUCAACCAGCAGCAGCAGCAGCAGCUCCAGCAGUUACAGCAGCAGCAGCUCCAGCAGCAGCAAUUGCAGCAGCAGCAGUUACUGCAGCUCCAGCAACUGCUCCAGCAGUCCCCACCACAGGCCCCGUUGCCCAUGGCUGUGAGCCGGGGCCUCCCCGCACAGCAGCCACAACAGCCGCUUCUGAAUCUCCAGGGCACCAACUCAGCCUCCCUCCUCAACGGCUCCAUGCUGCAAAGAGCUUUGCUUUUACAGCAGUUGCAAGGACUGGACCAGUUUGCAAUGCCACCAGCCACGUAUGACACUGCCGGUCUCACCAUGCCCACGGCAACACUGGGUAAUCUCCGAGGCUACGGCAUGGCAUCCCCAGGCCUCGCAGCCCCCAGCCUGACAGCCCCCAGCCUCACACCCCCCCAACUGGCCACUCCAAAUUUGCAACAGUUCUUUCCCCAGGCCACUCGCCAGUCCUUGCUGGGACCUCCUCCUGUUGGGGUCCCCAUGAACCCCUCCCAGUUCAACCUUUCAGGACGGAACCCCCAGAAACAGGCCCGGACCUCCUCCUCUGCCACCCCCAAUCGAAAGGAUUCUUCUUCUCAGACAAUGCCUGUGGAAGACAAGUCAGACCCCCCAGAGGGGUCUGAGGAAGCCGCAGAGCCCCGGAUGGACACACCAGAAGACCAAGAUUUACCACCCUGCCCAGAGGACAUCGCCAAGGAAAAAUGCACUGCAGCACGUGAGCCUGAGCCUUGUGAGGUGUCCGAGCCGCCAGCCAAGAGGUUGAGGAGCUCAGAAGAACCCACAGAGAAGGAACCUCCAGGGCAGCUACAGGCGAAGGCCCAGCCACAGGCCCGGAUGACAGUACCAAAACAGACACAGACACCAGACCUGCUGCCUGAGCCCCUGGAAGCCCAAGUGCUGCCACGAUUCCAGCCACGGGUCCUGCAGGUCCAGGCCCAGGUGCAAUCACAGACUCAGCCACGGAUACCACCCACAGACACCCAGGUGCAGCCAAAGCUGCAGAAGCAGGCACAAACACAGACCUCUCCCGAGCACUUAGUGCUGCAACAGAAGCAGGUGCAGCCACAGCUGCAGCAGGAGGCAGAGCCACAGAAGCAGAUGCAGCCACAGGUACAGCCACAGGCACAUUCACAGGCCCCAAGGCAGGUGCAGCUGCAGCAGGAGGCAGAGCUGCAGAAGCGGCUGCAGCCCCAGGCACGUUCACAGCCCCCAAGGCAGGAGCACCUGCAGCUGCAGAAGCAGGCCCAGACACAGACGUAUCCACAGGUCCACACACAAGCACAGCCAAGGGUCCAGCCGCAGGAGCAGCCUCCAGUGCAGGUGCCAGUACAGCCACCAGAGCAAACCCAUGAGCAACCUCAGACCCAGCCACAGGUGUCGGUGCUGGCUCCAGAGCAAACACCGGUUGUGGUUCAUGUCUGCGGGUUGGAGAUGCCAUCUGAUGCAGUAGAAGCUGGUGGAGGCAUGGAAAAGACCUUGCCGGAGCCUGUGGGCACCCAAGUCAGCAUGGAAGAGAUCCAGAAGGAGUCGGCCAGUGGCCUAGAUGUGGGAGAAUGUGAAAACAGAGCUAGAGAGAUGCCAGGGGUAUGGGGCGCUGGGGGCUCCCUGAAGGUCACCAUUCUGCAGAGCAGUGACAGCCGGGCCUUUAGCACUGUACCCCUGACACCUGUGCCCCGCCCCAGUGACUCCGCCUCCUCCACCCCUGCAGCUACCAGCACUCCCUCAAAGCAGGCCCUCCAGUUCUUCUGCUACAUCUGCAAGGCCAGCUGCUCCAGCCAGCAGGAGUUCCAGGACCACAUGUCGGAGCCUCAGCACCAGCAGCGGCUAGGGGAGAUCCAGCACAUGAGCCAAGCCUGCCUCCUGUCCCUGCUGCCCGUGCCCCGGGAUGUCCUGGAGACAGAGGAUGAGGAGCCUCCACCAAGGCGCUGGUGUAACACCUGCCAGCUCUACUACGUGGGGGACCUGAUCCAACACCGCAGGACACAGGACCACAAGAUCGCCAAACAAUCCUUGCGACCUUUCUGCACCGUUUGCAACCGCUACUUCAAAACCCCUCGCAAGUUUGUGGAGCACGUGAAGUCCCAGGGGCAUAAGGACAAAGCCAAGGAGCUGAAGUCGCUUGAGAAGGAGAUUGCUGGCCAAGAUGAGGACCACUUCAUUACCGUGGACGCUGUGGGUUGCUUUGAGGGUGAUGAAGAGGAAGAGGAUGAUGAGGAUGAAGAAGAGAUCGAGGUUGAGGAGGAACUCUGCAAGCAGGUGAGGUCCAGAGACAUAUCCAGAGAGGAGUGGAAGGGCUCGGAGACCUACAGCCCCAAUACUGCAUAUGGUGUGGACUUCCUGGUACCUGUGAUGGGCUACGUCUGCCGCAUCUGCCACAAGUUCUAUCACAGCAACUCAGGGGCACAGCUCUCCCACUGCAAGUCCUUGGGCCACUUUGAGAACCUGCAGAAAUACAAGGCGGCCAAGAACCCCAGCCCCACCACCCGACCUGUGAGCCGCCGGUGCGCAAUCAACGCCCGGAACGCUUUGACAGCCCUGUUCACCUCCAGCGGCCGCCCACCCUCCCAGCCCAACACCCAGGACAAAACACCCAGCAAGGUGACGGCUCGACCCUCCCAACCCCCACUACCUCGGCGCUCAACCCGCCUUAAAACCUGAUAGAGGGACCUCCCUGUCCUCCGGCCUGCCUGGGUCCAAAUCUGCUAAUGCUUUUUAGGAGUCUGCCUGGAAACUUUGACAUGGUUCGUGUUUUUACUCAAAAUCCAAUAAAACAAGGUAGUUUGGCUGUGCA